AUGGAGAGUAAGACAUGCAAUAAUGCUUCGACUUACACAGAGUGGAGUACAUACUCCCAAAACUUGAAUACAGUUAUCGAUGAUCUUUCUCGUAAUGCAGUUCAAGGGUUUAACACAUCUUCCAGUGGCCAAUCUCCCGACACAGUCUAUGGUCUGCUCCAGUGUUUUGGUAAUGCUUCAGUGGCGAAAUGCUCAGAUUGUUCAAGACAAGCAAACGAUGUUGCUCUAAGAAAUUGCGGCAACGACAUAGGUGUAAAGGUGUGGAUGGAUGAGUGUUUCUUGCGCUAUGAUAACUCCAAUUUCAGUUCAACAUUAGAUACCACCUUUCAGCUGCUGGAGAACUCGAAUGAUGUCUCAAGCAAUGUGCAGGGUUUCAUAUCCACGACCUCUAGCCUUCUGCUCAAUUUGUCUCAAGAAGCGUAUAUAUCUAGAUUUGCUGUUGGAUCGGCCAACUACUCUACUUCCCAUAAGGUGUACGGCCUAGUUCAGUGCUGGAGAGAUUUAUCCAUCGAGGAUUGUAAAACCUGUUUGUUGCAAGCAAGGAAAGAAUUGGAGCAGUGCUGUUCACCAAAACAAGGAGCUCGGGCUAUGUCAGGAAGCUGCACGGUGAGAUAUGAGAGUAACCCAUUUUUGUUGGACGUCGUGGAGUCAUCACCAUCACCCUCACCUUCACCCUUACCUUCCAGUGAGGCUUCAUCACCACAUCCCACAACAUCCACAUCACUAGCCCACGCUCCUUCUGAGACAACAUACGAGCCGAAAUCAAGUGAGAGGUGUGGAUUUCCGCGUGAAUUAGGGUUAUUUCAACAGGAGCAACAUUUUAUCUUCAGCUUGGAAGAACUGGCAGAAGCUACUGAAAAUUUUCAUGAAAAUCAAAAGCUGGGAGAAGGUGGUUUUGGUACCGUAUACAAGGGGAGAACUAAGGACGGAAAGGAAAUAGCAGUGAAAAAACUGUCUGCGAAGUCCGCACAAGCUAAUGAACAAUUUAUGAACGAAGUGAAGCUUGUGGCCAAUGUUCAGCACCGAAACCUUGUGAAACUGUUGGGAUGUUGUGCUGAGGGAGACGAAAGGCUGAUUGUUUAUGAGUAUUUGCCCAACAAGAGCCUCGACACCUUCCUUUUCGAUCCAGACAAUUGUAGACUGUUAGAUUGGCAAAAACGUUAUAACAUUAUCAAUGGAAUUGCUCGUGGUCUUCUCUACCUUCAUGAAGAUUCGCAGAUGAGAAUCAUUCACAGAGAUAUUAAAGCAAACAAUAUUUUGCUCGAUGACAAGCUUAAUCCAAAGAUAGCUGACUUUGGCCUUGCUAAACUUUUUUCUGAUGAUGAGACACAUAUCCAAACAAGUGUUGCAGGCACAUAUGGUUACAUGGCUCCAGAAUAUGCAAUGCGAGGGCGGCUCUCUGUUAAAGCCGAUGUUUAUAGUUUUGGAGUCCUACUGCUUGAGAUUGUCAGCGGAAAGAAAAAUACAGAUAUCCAUGUAUCCCAAGGGAUGGAAACCUUAAUAGAAUGGACAUGGAGACUAUACAGAGGAGGAAAUACACUGGAGAUGGUGGAUCCAACAAUAUCAGAAGAAUGCCCCCAGGAGCAAGCUUUGAGAUGCAUUCAUGUCGGGCUUGUAUGCGUUCAAGCUGAUGCAAAACUCCGUCCACCCAUGUCUGAUAUUACUGUGAUGAUCUCAAACAGUUCAAUAACGUUGCCCAUUCCAGCAAAGCCCGCUUUCCUAACAAGGAGCGAAACUUCUACAUCUGGUAUUCUUUCAGUAAAUGAAACUUCCAUCACGGAAACAAAUCCUAGGUGA